UAUUCUAUAUGCGGGAUGUUAUCCAAUUACUGCGAGACAUUAAGAUAAAACGAGCGGAGAUUAAUGUGCAAUCAAUGGACAAUGCAUGUCUCGCGUGAUCGGUGAUCGCAGCCUUGCAUUCGGCCAAAGGAAAUGCAGAACGGGAAUCGUCGUAUCCACAUUAUACGACGGUCUUGAAUCUCCAAGACAUUACGUUGGAUCAAAUUAUUUAUAAUUGAAGAUUUUAUAAUAUAUUAAAAAGAUUGAACAUCUCAACGACAUCUCCAUCAACGUCUAUGAUAUCGAAGCAAAGGAGAUUUUUCCGAUAUAUCUGAUAAAUAAGAAGAUGAAGAAACACGCAAAUCUAUUGUACGUGCAAAAUCCGCGCGAUGACAACUCUGGGCAUUUCACGUGCAUCAAAAACUUGUCCCGCUUCGUGAGCUUGCAACUGAAUAAAAAAGAACACAAGAAAUACUUUUGUGAUCGAUGUCUACAUUAUUUUAGUUCAUCCGAAAAAUGGCAGUCGCACAUAAUGGACUAUGAACGGAUGAAUGACUGCGCUAUCCGACUACCGAGCGAGAAUGACAAGUGGCUCGAGAAGCAAGACACGUCGUAUACCUAUCAGCAGCACGAGGUAUUUAGCUCGGAUGCUACAUGCGAUGUUCAUACGACGAUGCGUUAUCGGCGUAUCGGUUUCGUCGCGCGAGGACUGCGUUGGUUCGUGUAA